UACAACGCAAACACAAACCAGUCGUACUUCAAAGUACGACGCAAAUGCAAACCCGUCGUACUUUGCAGAAUCAGGAUUAUACUUGCCGCCCAUACUAAGGGAUAUGGGACAAUCCCCAAUCCCAUUGGGUAUGGGUGGGUGGGGCUUUGAGGUUA